CAAAACAAAACAAGGAAAAAGCAAGAUGGCGUUUAGCCAUGAAGACGUUAUUGUUUAUAUUACAGUUCUGUGUUCCUAAUUUGUGCCUACAUGUACAUAUGAAUGUCGUUUAGUAGAGCAAACUCCGUUGUCAAUUGCUUGUAUCGGUAUACAUUAGUCGGAGCAAACUGUGCCGCUUUAUGCUAGUUUAGCUUGUGAGUUAGCUUAGCCUGUUAGCUGCUAACAAAGAGACGCGGAAGUUAUCAACACAUCACUUAACAGAGACUACGUGAGUGUAAAGUGUUGUGAUUGUGUGAAAAUGUGCGAAAAAACGAUAUCGGAGUACGAGAAGGACAUAUCAGCAAUUAAAAAGGAGAACGAGCGACAACAUCAACUACUGGACGCUGUUUUCAUGAAACAUCAAGUUGUGUUACACAGAACAGAUGUCCAGCAGCCCCUCCACAUUAAAGAGGAAGAAGAGGAACUCUGGAUCACUCAGGAGGAAGAGUGUCUUCUUGGGCAGGAGGAGGCUGAUCUCACCAAGUUUCCACUGACUGUUGUCUCUGUGAAGACUGAAGACCAUGAAGAGAAACCAUCUGAGUCCUCACAGCUUCAUCACAGACCAAACGUCCAGCAGUUGAUUAGCCGUCAAGAUGACCGUCUCACUCAACUGCAGGUGGGGAGCUUCACUUUGAAGCAGGAGGAUCCACAGCCCUCACAUGUUGAAGAUCUCACUAACUUGCACCUGACUGGUGUCUCUGUGAAGACCGAAGCAGACAAUCUCUUAGCUCCGCUAUCAGAUAGUGACGACACAACAUCACACUCUUCUGAGGAUGAAGACAGCGACAACAUCCGAGAACCUUGGAGCUGUGAUACAAAGUAUGAAAGCGAUGAGGUCAACAAACACUCCGAAUGCUCUGAAAAGGAAACGCGUAAAGAAUACCUGACCUGCUCAGUCUGUGAUAAGAGAUUUACUCAAAAGGGCACUUUGAAUCGUCACAUGAGGAUACACACAGGAGAAAAACUCCUUGUUUGCUCAGUCUGUGGUAAAAAAUUCUCGCAGAUUGAUUUGACUCGACACAUGAGAACGCACACGGGAGAAAAACCCUUUAGUUGCUCAAUUUGCGGUGACGGAUUUGCUGUAAAGUCACAUAUGACAUCACACAUGAGAACGCACACAGGGGAAAAACCGCAUUCGUGUUCAUUUUGCGCAAAAACCUUCAGUCGGCGUGACACUUUGAUAGUACACAUGCGGACACACAAUGGUGAAAAACCUUUUAAGUGUUCAGUUUGUGGUAAACAAUUCUCUCAGAGGUCAAACAUUGCGUCACACAUGAGGACACACACGGGUGAAAAACCUUUUAGUUGUUCCGUUUGCGCUGAACAGUUCUCCCAAAAGUCAAACAUGGUAUCACACAUGAGAACGCACACGCGAGAAAGACCCUUCGGUUGUUCACUUUGUUCGCACACAUUUUCUCGGUGCGACAAUUUGACACAACACAUGCUUACACACAAAAGAAGAAGAACCCUUUAGUUGUUCAGUUUGUGGUAAAAAUCCUUUCUCAUACACAAAGUUGCGUAAAAUGGACAAAUGUUUCCCUCUACAUUUUGUGUUUAAAGAUUGUCACUGUACUAUUGGUCAAUGUAAUGCCACAUCUGCUGUGUGUAUGACACCAGAGGUUAGUGUUGUUUAUUUUUCAAUAUUUUUCGCGACUAUAUGCCUUUAAAUAGAAAUGCAUUCACUGGUUUUUGUGAAUUUUCGCUUCAUAUGUACAGUACAGGCCAAAAGUUUGGACACACCUUCUCAUUUCAAUGUGUUUUCUUUAUUUCGGUGACUAUUUAAAUUGUAGAUUGUCACUGAAGGCAUCAAAACCAUGACACCUGUGAAGUGAAAACCAUUUCAGGAGACUACCUCAUGAAGCUCAUCGAGAGAAUGCCAAGAGUGUGCAAAACAAUAAUCAGAGGCUAUUUUGGAAAAUUUUGAAUAUAAAACAUGUUUUCAGUUAUUUGACCUUUUUUUGUUAAGUACAUAACCCCACAUGUGUUCAUUCAUAGUUGUGAUGCCUUCAGUGACAAUCUACAAUGUAAAUAGUCAUGAAAAUAAAGAAAAUGCAUUGAAUGAGAAGGUGUGUCCAAACUUUUGGCCUGUACUGAAUAUUAAUAUGCUGUCCUAUUUACAGUACCUUUAUUGUGGAGACUCAAUAAAUAACCACAAGUUGGACAUUUUCAUCUCUAAUAUGAUAUAGAUGACAACAUACAUAGGAGUUUGCAUGCAAAAAUACAGUAUGAUGGGAAGACCAAAGUUCUCAUUUCAUUGAGUGUAUGUGCAUGCUGGCAUAUGUGUAGUUAGCAUUAAAAAAAAAAAAAAAAAGAUAUAUAUACUGUUAUCAGAAUCAAUCAGCUUUAUUGGUCAUGUAACACAGAGGGAAUUUGACUUGGUUGACUGGGCUCUUUUUGUUCAAUAUAAACAAUAAAUAUGAACUAAAAAUAUAAACAAGUGCCUAAAUUAUAUGUGCGAGGCCAAUAAAUAAUAGUGCGGUGGUGAAUACAGCGAAAGCCAAAAAAUGAUGAAGUGAGCAUGAGUUAGUACAUUCACAGCAUACUUGCCAACCCUCCCGAACUUUCCGGGAGACUCCCGAAUUUCAGUGCCUCUCCCGAAAAUCUCCCGGGACAACCGUUCUCCCGAAUUUCUCCCGAUUUCCAGACAGACUUAGGGCACUCCCCCUCCAGGUCCGUGCGGACCUGAGUGAGGACAGCCUGUCCAAAAAGUAACCACAGAACACUAUACCGUAUAGUGUUCUGUGGUUACUUUUUGGUUGGCCAACGGUUUAAGUUGUAUUGCGCACCCUGACGGCAAGUAUGGGAGUCGGUUCUGAAGUAUGAAGUAAAGAGACGUAACUUUGUCACCUCGCCUGGUUAUUGACUCCAACCCAGAAUAUUACACUGCCCAUACCUAUGCUCCUUCAAAGGCUGUGCUACUGGCUGCAAAGCAUUGCACUUUCAAAUACAACAAUGAGUAGAGAGGAGUGUUAUGUGUGUAUAUGUGUAAAUAAAUGAACAC